AUGAACAACGGCGUCUCCUCUACCUCUCCUAAUAACGCGGAUCCUACAUUUGAGCCUGGCUCUGAUUUUGAUCGCGAAGACCCUGGUCAGGUCGUGAGUAACUUGGGACCUAAAACUACUCGCGACGAAUUCCAGCUUGAUUCUUGGCCUGUGAGGACCCUAUUGCCUCUCCAUUUUAAUCUUCCUCUCUGUGUUAACGUUCCUUUCUCCCAGCACAAGAAAGCUAGACACACAUCCUUCUCCAAGAAAGGAGCAACGGCUACUGAACCAACCGCCAACACAUUCGCCACUAAAAGUGCAAAAUACUCUCCGACUCAAACUCUCGACCAGAUGGACAACAACCACAAUACCCAUAAGGCACAACUUAAUAAAGCCCUUUUGCUAGAGCAGCAUCCCAAAUAUUAUCGCCCUGCCGCAGGAGAGUCGAAUGAGGUCGAUCGGGCUGGAGAGAAGAAAUGGGAUGGGAUAGAUGGAGAAAAAACAGGUCGCCAGCUCAGUUAUGUUGAACGUCUCAACCGCAAAGACCACCAGAUUGCCUCACUCCAGGGCGAAGUGUCCUCUCUACAGGACCAAGUUUUAUCCCUCCGCCUCAACCUUGAAGAUCGCGAGGUCGCUUCACUCCAAGGCAAAUUGUCCUCUCUACAGGACCAGAUUUCCUCCCUUCAACAGCGCAUGGAUUGUCUUGAGGGAGAGAACAAUAAAACUGACGCGACUGGCCACCCAAUGCAGGACCAGAUUUCUUCCCUCCAAAAGCGCAUCGACAAAUUGGAGGAGGAGAACAAUGCAGCUGAAGUGAAUGGCCAAACCCUCCUCGGUUGUGUGACCCGAUUCAUCAAAGAUCUUAUCCGCACUGGAUUGUUUACUGAAGUGGAACCUACGGCAUGA